AUGUUACAAUGCUACGCAGACGCUGAGGAACUGGAAAACGCGCUAGGAGUGUUCCAUCGCUUGCCUGAGCACUGCGUAUUUUCAAAGACGGUCGUCAUGUGUGCGUAUGCCCAAGCCGGGCAUGUGUGUGAAGCUCGAACGAUCUUCGAUUCCAUGGAGGGCGAUGACAAAAACGUCGUGUCUUGGACCGCAAUGAUGUCCGCCUACGCGCGGGGCGAUUGUCCCAGCACCUGGGGCGAGGCCAAGAGGCUGUUCGAUCGCAUGCCGAGCGGCAGGAACAUCGUGUCGUGGGGCGCGGUGCUGGCGGCGCACAGUCACGGCGGGGACGUUGAUACCGCGCGGCACAUCCACGGCAAAAUGCCCGAGUGGGACGCCGUGUCGUGGGCGAUCCUCCUCACCGCCCAGUCCGACGCGGGACUGCUGGAAGAGGCGAGUGCCGGCUUCCACGCCAUGCCCAGCAUCCGCGACGUGGUGCUAUGGAACGCGCUGCUCCAGGCGCAGGCCAAGAACGGGCAGCUGCUCGAGGACGACAAGCGCAUUUUCCACAAAAUGCCGCAGUGGGAUCCCGUGUCGUGGAACACCAUCAUCGGGGCGAUGGCGGCGAAGGGUUCGAUCGAAGAGGCGCAGUGGCUGCACGAGUGCUUGUCUCACAAGACGGUUGUGUCGUGGAACGCCAUGAUCGCCGCGCUGGGAGCUAGCGGGAUCAUCGAGGAGGUGGAGGCGAUGUUCCAGCGGAUGCCGGAGCGAAGCCUCGGGUCGUGGAGCGCGCUUGUUGCCUCGCUGGCGGGGAAUGGCUACUGUGUCGAGGCGAAGCAGGCACUGGAGGAGAUGCCCGUGUGCACGGCCGCUGCGGUAGCGGCGGUGAUUGGGUGCUAUGCGGUAUUGGGGGACGUGGCGGAGGCGAAACGGGUGUUUGAGCGGCUGCCAGAAGAUGUUGCGGUGAUGAAUGCCAUGGUUUCAGCGUAUGCCGUAAACGGGCAUGUAGAGCUGGCCAAGGAGUUGUUUGAUCGAUUUCCAGAGAAAAGCGUGCGUUCAUGGAACAGCAUUAUAGAAGCAUAUGCACAGUCUGGGCAGAUGGUAGAGGCGAAAACAUUGUUUGAUUCUAUGCCGGAAAGAAACAACCUCUCGUGGAAUGCUGCUCUUGCAGCUUAUGCGGCAAACGGGCAACUUGAGGAGGCAGUCUCUACCUUUGGGAGGAUGUCUCACUGCAACACUUGCUCGUGGAACUGCAUGGUGGCUGCCUUUGCACACAAGGGGCGACUCGAGGAUGCAAAGAUUCUCUUUAACAACACUCCACAGCACAAUCUGGCGUCGUGGAACAACAUAAUCGGUGCGUAUGCCGCCAAAGGGCAUGGGCACGAGGCACUCGACCUGUUCCAGGAAAUGGUGCUGGCCGGCUUCACCCCAGACUGCAUCACCUUCAUGCAUGUCCUGGGAGCGUGCAGUCACGUCGGGAUGUUGCGGCGGAGCUGUGAGCUGUUUGCAUGGAUGAGCAGCGAGCACUACCGCAGCCCCACCCGGCAACACUACUACAGAAUGAUUGACAUCGUGGCGAGGGCGGGAGAAGUAGCGGAGGCGGAACGGCUGGUUCAUGGCCUGCCGUUUUCGCCGGAUCCUGUGGCAUGGUCGACGGUGCUGGCCGCGUGCAGAACUCACGGGGACGUUGAGUGCGGAGCCCGAGCAGCGCAGCAGCUGGGUUGCAUGGGAGUUGCAGUGAGCACGCGUGGUGAGGAAGCAGAGUCACAUCAUAGGCAAUGGCAUCGCGGCAGACAAGACGAGAGCUGCAGCAAUCACUACGUGCUCCUGUCCAACAUGUUUGUGGCGGUUGGCCGGCGAGAGGACGCUGCGUGCUUGAGACGAAGCAUGCAAGACAAAGGGCUCCGGAAACCACCUGGCGUGAGCAUUGUCGAGCCACAUUUCUAG